AUGGGCGAUGAGGGGAAACUACCAGAAGCUCAGACGUCUCCAAAAGAUGGCAAGGAAGACGUCAAGAUUCUAGGCCGUACAAUAACAGAAUGGAGCGAAUCACCGGCUCCAGACAGAGCAAUGAUAGCUGACCAUAUCUACUGGACAUGGUAUGGAAAGAAUUAUCCAAAGGCGGCACCUCCAAAGCUGGACAAGCCACUGAAGGAUUUCACCGAAAAGGAAUUCAAGGCCCCUUCCAAACGGUGGUGGAUUGAGAGUCCGCCGGUACUGCAGGCAGAUGAGCAGGGUUAUCUCUGCGAAAACUGCCGGCAUAUCGAUUUCGAAUAUCUCGUUGAUACCACAAUUGAUGGAAGGCUUGUCAUGUGUAGCAUGAGGACGUUGCCUAUAGAAACAAACAUUAAGGGUACACGUCAAUUCCUACUCUCCGUGGAACCUACUCCGAGAGUAGAUGGCAUGAAGACAAUUUACAGUCUGGCUUUACAGGACGAGAGCGUAGUGAACGAGAUAAGUGGCCAUCGGUCUAUCAACUUGCCUCAGAUCAAAUACAGCUUAGUCAAAAAAUGGUACAACGAUUGCAAUGAUGGUCUUUGCGGACCGAAUCUUGAUCAAUCCCACGGAAGACAAUUGCCUGAAAGAUUUCGAUUGAUUAAUGUCGAGUCUGAUUGUAUCGUCUCCUCUAUUCAACAGCCUCGAUAUGUCGCUCUGAGCUAUGUCUGGGGAGUAGCUAGUGCCUUGCGGAAUGAGAAAGACACUCAAAAAGACCUAGAGGAAAAGGGUUCUCUCUCUGCAAGGGCGACAGACGUCCCGAAUGCCAUCAAGGAUGCAAUAUCUCUGACAAAACUACUUGGAGAACAUUAUCUAUGGGUAGAUAGUCUCUGCGUAAUCCAAGAUGACCCGGAAGAUCAAGCACAACAAAUUGCUGCCAUGGAUCUGAUCUACAGCUCUGCUGUAUUGACCAUUGCGGCUGCCUCAGGAGACACAGCUGACGCGUAUUUGGCGGGCAUGCCAUCGAAUCCACGGACAUUCUGUCAGCACAUUGAGAAGAUCCAAGAUAUCUAUCUAGCUAAUCGUCCCGCCGAUUUUUCACAGGCAAUCAAUAAAUCCGUAUGGAACUCCAGAGCCUGGACGCUUCAAGAAAGGUUACUGUCCCCCAGAGUACUCUACAUCGGCAAACAAAGCCAACCGCUCUUCCCAAGCUGGAGUUGGGCAGGAUGGCAGGGUCCCGUGGAAUGCAACACCCACGAAAAUCUCUCGCGAAUAGAGUGGAUUGAGAAUGACCGCCAGCGAUAUUCUAGCAAAGAGUUCCGCUAUCCGAAGGCCGUCAAUCAAGAUGCUACCAGGCGCGAACAAUAUCGCGCGCAGUGGAAAGGCAACCUAGAAGACGGCGUGCCAUAUUACUGGGAACGGGACAAUCCACGUCUCUGGUUCCUCCAUCCCACAGCACCCGAAGAACAGAGAACACUAGGACCGAACCUGAAAAGGGGGACUAAUUAUCUAGUAUUCGAGGCCGAGACAACAGAGUUCAAUCCAAGUACCGUCAGCGAUGACCACUACUGGCCCAUGAGUCUACAAAGUUACAGAUGCACCAAAGACAAGCAUAUCAUGUGCCCGUUAGGUAUGGCAGCCUCGCCUGGCAAGGUCGGAGGCUACGUCCUGGUCCCGGGCGAGAUAGCGACAACAAUGAAGCGCGAUCUCAAAGAAUCCCUAUACGCACUCGUCAUGAUAUCGCGAUGCAAACUCGAUACCCAGGAGUCCAGGGGAGAAGGAAAUCCAGAUCUUUUGAUAGAUUCAGAAGCGACGACGAUGGAGGAACAAUCUUUUCCUGACAGGCCGCACAUCGAUCAGAGUGGUGGUCACUUCGACCAACAGCGUUAUGAUGGCGAGAAACCUUGGUGUAUGUAUAAUAUCAUGCUGGUGGAGUGGAUCGAUGGUGUUGCGUAUCGUCUGGGUGUGGGCAAGAUGCAUAUUGAUGCCUGGGCGCAGGCUGAGGCGACGAGGAAGAUCAUUACCUUGGGGUGA